GACUUCUAUGUAGACGAGGCUUUAUGGUACAGCGACCUAACCUAAUAUCGGUCAGGCCGGUUAAGCGUAUUUGUAAUAUCAAUUUGUAAUGUCCAGCGGGGUAUAAUUUUAUUUAAUUCACGUUGAAGCGUUCUAAAAAUCCUGUAAAAAAAAUAUUUACCUAAUGGCGAGAUUUAAUAAUCGAACGGGAUAAGGACGAAAUGUAAUCUCUUUAUUUCGUUGCGUAUCCGCUAAGUUUUGUGUACAUUUGUUGUGAGUUGUAAGUUUCUGUAAUUUGAGAGAGAAACCAGCGCCCUGAUAACAGCACUCUAAAAAGAAUACCAUAAUGGAAAACUAAGAAACGAUAUUGAGAAACAGACAGACAGGGAUGUCUGGAUAUUUCUGUAAUUAUAAAACAAGUAUAGAAAUGUCCAGAAAAUCUAUAAUUGCCUGCGAGUUACAAAAAAAUGGCUUACAUCCUGAGCAGAAGUCCCGUUUUGUGCCGAUCCGCUUUUCGCAAGAAUGUAAUCUGUGGCCCGGUCAAUAAAAUCAUACUUGCGAAAAGUAUGGUAAAUCUUCCCAACAGGACGAAUGUCUGGGCAGAGAAGAAAUUCAAACUUCAGGACAACAUAAGUAACGCUUAUCGGCUUGUAUACAGGGAAGAAAGUGUUAUCAAUGGUACAUGUUUUGCAGCGUAUCACAUUGGGUAUAUAGGUCUUGCUCUUAGUACGUUUUUCCUGGGAUAUCUAAUCCUCGUGAAACCGCCGUUACCGGAGAAUAGACUAAUGGAGGAUGCAUUAGAUGAAGGAGUGGUAAAGCCUUUGACGAACGUGGGAAGGGUAGUCACCUUGUUUAUUAGUUUCGUCGUAUCCGUCGUACUGAUCGUAAGCAGCAGAGCAUUCCCGUUUAGAAUUUAUCACAACCCUGCGGAGAAAAUGUACAAGGCCGUGUUUGUCAGUAGAAUAUUCGGCAAGAAACAAAUAGAAACGUUUGGCGACGGUACUGUCGUGUCUGUAUUUGAUAGCCGUAGAUCUCUGGGAGAUAUAUUAUUUUAUAUUAAUCGCCGUCUUGUUAUACUUGACGCAGAAUGUUUUCCGGCGCCGUACGUACGUGAGCAAAUGAUUCGCAAAACCGAAUCGAACUGAACGUUGGUAUAUUUAUGUAUCAUUGCUAUCAUUUAUCGUACAGACACUUGUAUCAUAUUGCUCAUUUCAUUCAUUAGAUGUAGUCAGCAAGACUAUAUAUUUUUCGCAAAAUAACACAUUAAAUUUGUAUAUUGUAAAUAUAUAUACUAUACAGUA